AUGGAUAAUUACACCAGCGAUGAAGAGAUGGACAAUGACUUUGACACCCAGUUCAUCAUUCAGCAGAGUUUGCAGGAUAUUUACAAGCUGGGAGCUGCACAGCAAGCACCCAAGGAGGAGAGCUUCCAUUCUUUUUUGAGUGCUGACUAUAAGAAGAUCGUUGAAACAAUAGAGACAGUAGGCGAGGAAGACGCAUUGACACACUUGACCAAGUACCAUUCCGCUUUUGACGAGGCAGAUGGGGUGGGCUGGCUUCCUCUGCAUAAGGCUGCGGUGCAAUUAAAUAAGAACAUUCUGGCAAUAACCCUGACAGCUUCAAAACCCAGUACUUGGGAGCAAACCACCCACAGCGGUGAAACCCCACUGUUUCUGGCCGUCAGUAAUCACCUCUUAGAAAAUGCCAGCUUUCUUCUCGUCAGUGGGUGUAAUCCAAACGCUAAGAAUUUCGAAGGCAACUCUCCACUUCUUACAGCUGUUCUGCAUGACUCCUAUGACAUGGCCACCUUGCUGAUCAGCCAUGGGGCAGAUGUCAAUCUGCGCUGUGCCAAUGAGAGGACAGCUCUCCACGAAGCAGCCAAGCUGGGCAGACAGGACCUCGUGACGCUUCUGUUGGCUUCCGGGGCACAUCCAGACCCACGGAGCACCUAUGGUUUCACUCCUCUUGCUCUUGCGGCCCAGAGUGGACACACGGAAAUCAUGGAGCUAUUGCUGCGGAAAGGCAAGCUUUGCCAUGUGGCCUCGGAUUCUUCUUCCAUCUUACUUGAAGCUGCCAGUGGAGGAAAUCCAGACUCCGUGUCUCUGCUGCUGGAGUACGGCGCUGAUGCCAACAUCCCUAAGAAUUCGGGCCACCUGCCCAUCCAUGUGGCAGCUGACCGAGGCCACUUAUUGGCUCUGAAGAUCUUGGUUCCUGUUACGGAUUUUGCUGCCAUCAAGCAGAGUGGGAUCAGUCCUAUUCACUGUGCAGCUGCAGGCGCACACCCUGAGUGCCUGGAACUUCUCCUCCGGGCUGGGUUUGAUGUGAACUUCAUGCUUGAUCAGAGAAUCCGCAAACACUAUGAUGACCAAAGGAAGUCAGCUUUGUACUUUGCCGUAUCAAAUGGUGACCUUGCUUCAGUGAAGCUGCUUCUGACUGCUGGAGCUCUCCCCAACCAAGACCCUGUUAACUGCCUUCAGAUCGCCCUGAGGAUGGGCAACCAUGAGCUGGUCAGCCUACUGCUCCGACACGGGGCCAACGUCAACUACUUCUGCAGAGUGAACCCUUUACAUUUCCCAUCGGCCCUGCAAUACACCUUGAAAGAUGAAGUCAUGCUCAGAAUGCUGCUGAACUACGGGUACGACACAGAGCGAUGUUUUGACUGUCCCCAUGGGGACAAAGUCCAACCAGUGUAUGUUUUUGAAGGCUGGACAUCAACAGUUAUCAAAGAUACGAUGUUCUGUGAAGUGAUAACUUUGUCUUGGCUGCAGCAUCUCUCUGGAAAGGUUGUCCGUGUGAUGCUUGAUUACGUUGAUCAGGUUCGGAUCUGUUCAAAGUUGAAAGCUGUGCUCCAAAAACAGGGGCUCUGGUCAGAAAUCAAUUUUAUCUUAACUAACCCUCGCUCCCUCAAACAUUUGUGCCGCCUAAAGAUCCGGAAGUGUAUGGGACGCUUACACUUGCGCUGCCCCGUCUUCAUGUCGUUUCUCCCACUACCCAAUCGUCUGAAAGCGUACGUCCUCUACAAAGAAUAUGACCUAUAUGAACAACGAAUUUUCACAGGAACCUGGUAA